GUACGUGCGCGCUCACGUACAACGCGUGGUUCUUUCACAUUGCCGUAAGUAGGGAAGACUAGUCCGUCGUUUUAAAGGUUCCAGGGGUUCUUUUUACAUGUUUUAAUUGAGAUUAGCCACUCUGCGUCUUAGACUGAAGCCUGUUUGGUCUAGGGGUGGAGUGGAGAGUGCGAGAGGCUCCCGCUGGAAGCACACACGUCGUUCGCUGAUCAUUGCGGUGGAUUUGAGGGGUGUUUGUUAGAGGAGAAAUGGCCACUGAGGUGGAGACUCUCUUGCCGAGCAACUCGCUGCUCAAGCCGGAGGAGCUCGAGCACCAGGCCGGCGAAGACGGAGGGUUUGUGGGGAAGGAGCAGAGCCUGAAACGGGCGAAGGACGAGAGCAACAGCCAGGCGAAGGAGAACCUGGAGCAGGAGAGCGAAGACGACGCGUGUAAGACGGAGUUCACCGAGGCUCCGCCGCCCAAGGUGAACCCGUGGACGAAGAAGAUGAGCGGCGUCAACGGACAAGCGCUGCACGAGCAUUCUGGUCCCACAAAGGUGGUGAAGGCCGGGAACACCCGAGCGCGGCGCGGAGGAAAGGUGAGUGGCCUUCUCUGA